CCCCUCUCUCUACUCUCUUCCCAUCCCAAGCCUAUUCGAGCUACCUCAGCAUCCUCUACCACUUCUGGCGAUCGGCCACUUCUUCCUCUGGUACCGUGGUUUCUUUCCACCCGCUCCCCAUCCUCACCCACGCUCCCUUUCGGUCAAUUCACUACGCUCUUUCAAUUACUUGUUUCCAACACUCGUGAGCUCCUAUAAUCUUUACACCUCACCGUCUCAACCACCACGGGCACCCCCCUCUCUAUAUCGCCGUCUGCGCCCUCGACGCAGCCUUACACUCGCUUUUGUUUUGCCUCUUACCUGCUGCCCUCCGCGUAUAAAGCCGUACACCGUAUGACGAGCAAUGGCCGGCCGAUUCUCGACACUUAAACUGGUUGCGUUGCUCACAUCGCUGUUCGUUCUCCAUGGGCAAGCUACACCUACAUCACCGCUGGAGAAGAGGCAAUACGACGCCACCGAGAUCAAGAUUGACGAGUCGAAGCAUGACGAACAGUUCUACAACUUUGUGACGCGGCCCGAUAUCGAUGCACCUCGGUGGAAACUGAAGGUCUACAACGAGAGUGCACUCUCCAAGGGCUACUGGUUCACCACCGCAUACGGCAUUGUCAAGCAGACUUCGGCGAACCGCAAAGCCUACGUCGGCCCCUACAUCUACGAUCAAAAGGGAGAGCUUGUGUGGAGUGGUGCCGCCUCGGUCGACUUCUACUCCAUCUUCGACUUCAAGGUGUCGAAGCUGCACGGCGAGCCCGUCAUCAGCUUCCUCCACCCAAACUAUGGCGCCGCAUACAUCCUUAACCACGAGUAUGAGACGGAAAAGGAACUGGUGCUGCUCGACCGCGAUGGUAACAUGUUGGACAAGGAUACGGUGAACAUCCACGAUCUGCAGAUCUGGGACGACUCGUAUGGAAUCAUGACUCGCUAUGCGCAAGAUCUUGAUCGGAAAUCCAUGCGCUCGGCCUUGGGUUACAAUGGCCCCUGCAGCGUGGAAUUUCAAGGCUUUCGGGAGUCGAAUCUGGACACCAAUGAGCUCCAGUUCGAAUGGAAUUCGGAUGCACACAUUCCUCUGUCGGAUAGCUACUUAAAGGCCGAGGGCAGCUGUGACGAUGACGCUGUAUGGGACUAUUUCCAUGCAAAUUCGAUUGACAAGUUCCCGAACGGCGACUAUCUGAUGUCCGCUCGCCACUCCUACUCGCUGUACCGAAUUUCUGGCGUCAACGGGUCUAUCAUCUGGCAGUUUGAUGGAACGGGCGAGCGUCAAUCAGACUUCAAAUGGAUUGGAGACGGCCAUUUCUUGGGACAGCACGAUGCCCGAAUGCUCGCAUCAAAUGGCACCCACACCCUCAUCUCCAUCAUGGACAAUGCAUUGGGGCCUGGUAUUCCACGUUCAAACAACCCAAUGUCCCGUGGCCUCGUUAUUUCCUUGCGCGAGGACGAAAUGACGGCCUCGGUCGUCGCCACUUUCGACCACCCUGAAGGCCGCUACGCUCUCGGCCGGGGAAACAUGCAACUCCUGCCCAAUGACAACGCCUUUGUCGGAUGGUCGGUCGAUGCUGCCCACAGCGAGUUCACGCCGGACGGCGAGUGCAUCAUGCAUGCGAGAAUGCCGGCGGGCCUGAAGACGUACCGCAGCUACAAAUACGAAUGGGUGGGCCAGCCCAAGAGUCCCCCGGACGUCAUGUCCAACGCCAUCGUCUUCAAAGGCACCAUCAUCACCACUGCCUACGUGAGCUGGAACGGCGCGACAGAAGUGGCAACAUGGAACCUCUACAAGACCAACGCAGACGGCGAAGUGAUGGAGCUCAUCGCCACGCGCCAGAAAGAAGGCUUCGAAACAUCCAUCACGCACAAAGGCCUCGCGAGCUACAUCAUGGUCGAAGGCGUCGACGCAAACGGCAAGCGCCUGGGAAUCUCCAACGUCAUCAAAACCGCCGCGCCCGCCGACCUCAACUCGCUCUCCCCCGCCGUCGUCGCCGAAAACAAAUGGCAGACGGACCACUCGCAAGGCGUGCUCGUCGAGUCCCGCCGCGGCCUCUUCGACAACUUCUCCAACCCCUUCGUUGCCUUCCUUUCCGGCAUUUUCUUCUGCGCCGCCGCGCUGUACACCAUCCGCGCUUUGAAGGGCAUGCGUCGCAAGGGCGGCAGCGUGCAGUCAUGGUGGCUGCCGAAUCAGUACGAGCGCCUAGCGUCGUAUAAUAGCGAUGCGGGCGAUGAGGAGAGCCAGGAAGAGCACAAGCUGAACAAGCUGGGCGAAAUGAAGGAAAUCCCGCCCAAGUAUGAGGAGGAUUACGAGGAUGAUUCGAGAUGAGCUUGGCCCUGCGCCAUUUUGGAUAAUCGCUGCAUUGCCUUUCGAUCGAGCUAUGCAUUUGUUUUCUCGCCCUUCUUGGAUGCAGGGUUGUUCUUAGCAUUUCAGCGAUACGUUCACUUGACUCUGAAAAUGCAACCGCUUUCUGUUGCAUG